AUGGUCCAGCUCAUUAAGGCCUCCAAUUCGUAUGACUUCGAUUUUCAUACGGCCUCUUUCGCGUACAUGAACAAGUACCCCAACCCGUUUGCAAAACAUGUCAGGAGCUCAGACACGCUAGAACAGUUCGUCGAUAGGCAGGGGAAGCUCCGAACAACCAAGCUUGUGGUGAAGACAGGCUCGUUGCCGUUGUUCAUCAAGCCGUUUUUGGGCUCGAGUCUUGACUCGUGGAUCAUCGAGAAACUGGUGAUCGACCCGAAACUGGGGAUCAUGUUGGCGUACAGCGCUAACGUUGACCACAGGAAGUUCAUCAAGGUCGAGGAGUAUUUGCAUUAUACAAGUGAGGGCACCAGGACCCACAUUGAAAGCAAGGUGAAGUUUCUGAGCAACUUUGCCGGAAUGAAGGAGAAGAUUGAGCAGUGGAGCCAGAACAGGUUCCAGUCGAACAUGAGGAACUCCCAGGAGGGUUUGAAAUAUGUGAUGAACAAGUUUAAGGAAAGAAUGAGCAAGGAGACAUGGAGAGCAAAUUUGUGA